AUGAAGACGCCUCCCCUGGAAGCAGCUGCAUUACUCCCGAUCUCAGGUGUUCCUCCAUUUGGGGGUCCCAAGGCACCUUCCUCUCUGCAUCUUAGCCCAAAGCAGUACAAGCAAGACAGCAAUCUAAAGAGAUAUGGGGGUUGGAGGAGAAGGAAGUCCUGCUCAGUGGCUAGAGAAGAUGAUGAGGCAAAUAGAGAUCCUGGUCUGCAGGCCCAGCUUUCAAAAUACAGGCCAGAUCAACCCAACUUGUCAAUACAUGGGGGAGAAAUCAGCGGUGGUUAUCACCACACUGGAGACUCACCUGUUCAAAUGAAAUCACAGCCCUUCCCCCAGAGACAGCAGCGCAUCCCACCCACAGGUCCUGCAACUACUGAUUACCAGGAGCCACCUAUGCAUUCCCAUGGUCCAGAAAGGCCACAAGAACCAUCUGGACAACCUGGUUGUGCCCGGGUAAUAUCUUCUCUAGUCCCUGGGAAUGCUAGCCCCAACGAGAUGGUGGGCUCCUUGUCCAGGUUAAAUUAA